AUGUCUGAACAAAGUGAAAACGAAAAGGAUCCCGGAUGGCAAUACCUCAGGAGAUCCCGCGAGCAAAUGCUCAAGGAUCAAUCUCGUCCAUACGAUUCAAAGAAGAACGUAUGGAUUCCAGAUGCGGAAGAAGGUUACGUGGCCGCUGAAAUCAAAUCCACCAAAGGUGACAACGUAGUCGUAACUGUCGGAGACAAAGAGAAAACCGUGAAGAAGGAUCUCCUUCAAGAGAUGAAUCCGCCCAAAUUCGAAAAGACAGAAGACAUGUCGAACCUUACUUUCCUCAAUGACGCGUCGGUGCUCUACAACUUGAGAUCUCGUUAUGCGGCCAUGCUUAUCUACACAUACUCGGGUCUUUUCUGUGUGGUAAUCAACCCGUAUAAACGACUUCCGAUUUAUACCGAAUCGGUAGCGAAGAUGUUCAUGGGCAAACGAAGAACCGAAAUGCCUCCUCAUCUAUUCGCUGUAUCCGAUGAGGCUUACAGAAAUAUGUUAAUGGAUCACGAAAAUCAGUCCAUGCUCAUUACGGGAGAAUCCGGAGCAGGAAAGACUGAAAAUACUAAGAAGGUUAUCGCCUACUUUGCAUCUGUUGGUGCCAGCCAACAAGAAGUCAAAGCAACUACUGAGAAGAAGGUCACCCUUGAGGACCAAAUCGUACAGACCAAUCCCGUACUUGAGGCGUUCGGUAACGCCAAAACUGUCCGUAACAAUAACAGUUCCCGCUUCGGAAAGUUCAUCCGAAUCCACUUUUCGAAGGCCGGACGUGUUGCCUCUUGCGAUAUUGAACACUACCUUCUCGAGAAAUCUCGAGUUAUCCGUCAAGCACCAGGAGAACGUUGUUAUCACAUUUUCUACCAAAUCUUCUCUGACUACAAACCCGAAUUGAAGCAACAGCUUCUCUUGGACAAACCCCUGAAGGAGUACUGGUUUGUUGCUCAAGCCGAGCUCACCAUUGACGGAAUCAAUGAUACUGAAGAAUUCCAACUUACUGAUGAAGCUUUUGAUAUUCUCAACUUUUCUGCGCAAGAAAAAAUGGACUGCUAUCGUCUGAUGGCUGCCCAUAUGCAUAUGGGUGCAAUGAAGUUUAAACAGCGCCCACGUGAAGAACAGGCAGAGCCUGAUGGUCAGGAAGAUGCUGAAAAGGCAACCGCAAUGUAUGGUAUAGAUGUCGACCAAUUUUUGAAAGCUCUUGUUUCACCUCGUGUAAAGGUCGGAACAGAAUGGGUUUCGAAGGGUCAAAACGUCGACCAGGUCAACUGGGCUAUCGGCGCUAUGGCUAAAGGUCUUUACGCUAGAGUAUUCCACUGGCUGGUCAAGAAAUGUAACCUGACUCUUGAUCAACAGGGAAUUAGUCGCGACUACUUCAUUGGUGUACUGGAUAUUGCUGGUUUCGAAAUUUUCGACUUCAACUCCUUCGAACAGCUUUGGAUUAACUUUGUGAAUGAGAAGCUGCAGCAAUUCUUCAAUCACCACAUGUUCGUUCUUGAGCAAGAAGAAUACGCUCGUGAAGGUAUCCAGUGGACCUUCAUCGACUUCGGUCUCGAUCUUCAAGCCUGUAUUGAGCUGAUUGAGAAGCCUUUGGGUAUCAUCUCAAUGCUUGACGAAGAAUGUAUUGUACCGAAAGCCACGGACAUGACCUUGGCUCAGAAGCUGAAUGAGCAACAUCUGGGCAAACACCCGAACUUCGAGAAGCCCAAGCCACCAAAGGGUAAGCAAGCUGAGGCUCACUUUGCCAUGAGACACUACGCCGGAACUGUGCGAUACAACGUAACCAACUGGUUGGAGAAGAACAAGGAUCCCCUCAACGACACCGUUGUCACUGUCAUGAAAGCAUCAAAGGGUAACGACCUGCUCGUUGAAAUCUGGCAAGAUUAUGUCACUCAAGAGGAAGCCUUAGUUGCCGCUAAAUCUGGUGGCGGUGGAAAGAAGAAGGGAAAAUCAGGUUCUUUCAUGACGGUCUCCAUGAUGUAUCGUGAAUCACUGAACAAUCUCAUGAAUAUGCUGCACAAGACUCAUCCUCAUUUCAUCCGUUGUAUUAUUCCCAAU